AUGCCUUCAUCAACAAGUCCCAAAUCUGACCCCUACAUCAUGUACGGCCGCGGCGGCGCAGGCAAUUUCCACCACCGCUCCACAAUCCGUUCAGCCUGGAAAUCCAUCAAAAACUCGCCCUCGACCUCUCCACCCCUCACCCUCUCUGUGUCACCAGACAACUACUACGCCGCCUGGAACGCGAAGUCCGAGGACCCGAGUAAGAAGAAGCGAGAGAGCCAGUUAGCCUCAUCUAUGAACGACGACGGUGAAGGGAGUCUGAAGCGCAAUGCUAGUAGCGGCUCACUAUCACUGUUUAAAAGCGAUAGUGUGAAGAGGAAUACGAGUUCUGGGUCGCUGUUCAGCCUCAGCUCUAGCACGACACAUUCGCGCAGCCACAACGGCCUCAGCGGUCUCAGCAAAAUCUUUGGUCGCAGGAGUAGUGUAGAGGAUGAUCGGAGUGUAUCGGCUGCGUCGACAGUCGAAAGUGUUAGGGAGGAGGAGGAUGGUGAUGCGAUGGUUAUGAAGAGCAGUAAGGAUAAGGGGAAGGCGAGGGCGCAGGAAUAG